AUGGCCCAAACCAAUUCCAUCGAGGAAUUUCUACGCACGCCAUUCGACUUUCUCAUCUGCGGCGGAGGCACGGCCGGCUGUGCAAUCGCAGCCCGUCUGACCGAAAACCCGGGGAUCAAUGUCGGCGUCAUCGAAGCAGGGAAAUGGCGGGCCGGAGACGAAUUGGUGGACACGCCAGGUGCUUUCUCGCAGAUGUUUGAAAACCCCGACUACGACUGGUGCUUGUACACGGCGCCGCAGCAGGCCAACCAUGGUCGGAUCCACCAUAUACCACGCGGGAAGCUGCUGGGGGGAUCGAGUGGGAUUAACUACAUGAUGUAUGUGCGGGGGUCGUUGCAGGAUUAUAACGAUUGGGCUGCGUUGGUGGGUGAUGAGGGCUGGUCGGCGAAGGUGAUGCAGCACUAUAUGCGCAAGCAUCAGACACUGGAACCGAUUGCUGCGGGCGUUGAGAAAGGAGCGACACCGCUGGUGGGGGAAUUCCACGGCACGAGCGGGCCUGUCCGGACGGGGUUCAACGAGAUGAAUCUGCCUAUCGAGGAGGAUAUUAUCCAGGCAUGUAAGGAGCUGGCUGGCAUCUCCAAGGAUGUCGUCGAUCCCUGGAGUGGAGAUCACAUUGGGUUUUUCCGCACUCUGGGAUCGGUUGCUCGCAGCGGCCCUGCGCGAGGAAAACGAAGCUAUGCUGCUCGGGGAUACUACGAGGCUAAUCGACAACGGCCGAACCUGAAGGUUCUCUGUGAAGCACAGGUAAACAGGGUGAUUCUGGAUGGCAACAAGGCCACCGGGGUUAAUGUUACUGUGGACGGAAAGGAAUACAACAUUCCGACCAGAGAGGAAGUGAUUGUCUGCGCAGGAGCGGUGAAAUCACCCCAGAUUCUCGAGCUGUCAGGCAUUGGCGAUCCUGACGUUCUUGCAGCGGCUGGUGUUGCAUGUGUCGUGGAGAACCGGGCAGUCGGUGCCAAUCUGCAGGACCAUUCGCUGACCCUGUUGGGAUACGACGUGCAGCCGGGCGUUCUCACACUGGACACGCUACAUCAACAGCCCGAAGCCAUGCAGGCUGCGAUCAAAGAGUAUGCGGAGAAUGGCAGCGGCCCACUGAGCAGUAUUGCCAGCAUGCAAGGGUUCUUCCCGGCCAAAUCGAUCAUGUCUGAGACGGAACUGGCCGCAGUCAUUCGGAGUAUCGAAGAAACGAAGCCAGCGGAUGCCUUCCACCAGAAGCAGCUCGCACAGGUCAUUCAACACUUGAAAAGCGGUGAUUCGGGAAAUCUGCAGCUGGUCCUCGUUCCGGCGUCUGCGAACCUGCCUGGUGGCGUUGAGCACCAGUCUGUCCUGUGGCCGCCUCGACCGGCCGAUCAGCCUGCUGGAGUGGCGCUGGCACUGUGUUUGGAAUAUCCGGUCUCGCGUGGCUACGUUCAUAUCAACAGCGCUGACCCCUCUCGACCACCAGUCAUCCAACCCAACUACGCCGCCCACGAGGCAGACGUCGCCGUACUAGCAGCCUUUCUCCGCUGGGCAGACAAAAUCGGCUCUUCCAAACACGUCCAGCACUCCAUCGCCCGCCGGUCAUACCCGGAUCCAGCAUCCAAUCUACAGGACUUUGACAGUGCCAAACAGGCCGUCCAUGAUGUAGUCGUCGGAGAGUACCAUGUCUGUGGCUCAGUCGCAAUGGGGGCUGCCUUGGACUCACGACUGCGGGUCAAGGGGGUCGAAGGGCUGCGCGUCGCUGAUGCGUCUGUUUUCCCGAAUAAUGUCAGUGGGAAUAUCGUGAGUAGCGUUUAUGCUGUGGCUGAGAAGGCGGCGGAUUUGAUCAAGGAGGAUUUUGUUUCUUUGUCGUCGCAUAAGCUAUAG